AUGAAGUACCUGUUGUCCCUGCUGCACGUCAUCGUGCUGUGCUUUUAUAGGAAGGAACAUGAGGGCGAUUGGCAUGGCGGCCUUAUGUGCGGUCCCCUCGCGGUGGGGAGCGACGGAGGGCAAAAGGAGAUGCACUCGAGGGCGCUAUACGAGUUGAUGCGAAGAAAGAGGAGGGGAGGAGCUCGACGAGGACGCAACAGGAGACGUAACAAACGGCUGGCGAAGCAGCGAAGGGCAAGACGCAGGGAGGCAAAGAGGGAGCAAAGGAGGAGGAGAAAGCAGAGGAAGAGAGCCGAGCGAAAACGGAAGAGAAAGGAGAGGAAAAAGAGGAGGCAAGAAAGGAGGGAAAAGAAGAGACAAAAGAAAAGGCAAAAGAAAGAAGAAAAGAAAAGGCUAAAGAGGGAAGAAAAGGAACGACUGAAGGAGGGAGAAGCCGGGGGACCAGGCGACGAUUUGCAGAUCAAUUCUAACCAUUAUGGGGAGCAUGCUGUGGAGGGACAAGCGGGGCCGCCUCCAGCUGGGGAGAGUUACACUGACGGGGCUGAGGAAGGCGCCUCUUCAGCAGUGGGGCGUGGGGCAACGCAGAUGGGAAGUCUCCCACCUGAAAGAAGCGGAGGGCCGAUCGACCCAUACGGGUCCUACGGUUCCUCACCGCACGGUGACAGAGCAGACGACAGCGCAGACAAUAGCGCACAUGAUAGCGCAGACGACUCUGGCUAUGCCCCACACGGAGGGGGAAGCGCAACUGGGGGGGGAGCCAGCCCGUACGAAGCCGAGCUGGAGAAGAACGUGAAGGUGAUCCAUUUCGACAGGCUGAAGAGGGAACCCAAGGGGAGGCUCAUAAGCAAAAUUAGAGGCAUCCUCAAUACCCUGGAGUGA